AUGGGUAGAGGGAAGAUAGAGAUAAAGAGGAUAGAGAACGCAAACAACAGAGUGGUGACGUUCUCAAAGAGGAGGAAUGGGUUGGUGAAGAAGGCGAAAGAAAUUACAGUUCUUUGCGAUGCAAAAGUUGCUCUCAUAAUCUUUGGAAGUAAUGGUAAGAUGACUGAUUAUUGCUGUCCUUCCAUGGAUCUUGGUGCUAUGUUGGACCAAUACCAAAAGUUAUCUGGCAAGAAACUAUGGGAUGCUAAGCAUGAGGGCCUCAGCAAUGAGAUUGAUAGGAUCAAAAAAGAGAAUGAUAGCUUACAAUUGGAGCUCAGGCAUUUGAAGGGUGAAGAUAUACAGUCUCUCAACUUAAAAAACCUGAUGGCCGUAGAGCAUGCCAUUGAACACGGCCUCGACAAAGUCCGAGACCACCAGUCGGAGGUCCUCCAUACCAAGAGGAGAAAUGAGAAAAUGAUGUUGGAGGAGAAUCGGCAACUCAGUUUCCAGCUGCAACAACAGGAGAUGGCUAUAGCUAGCAACGCGAGAGGAAUGGUGAUGAGGGAUCAUGAUGCGCAGUUUGGAUAUAGAGUGCAGCCGAUUCAGCCAAAUCUUCAGGAAAAGAUUAUGUCUUUGGUCAUCGAUUGA